GGUAUACAAGGUGAUACAAGAUAUAGGAAUGCUGACCAGACGUUUUUUAAUUUGGUUCAAAACGAACUUCAAGUGACUUCGAAACCGGCACAUACUAGAGAAACGCUAGAUAAUAGGCAAUCAAAGGGAAAAUCUGAAAGCUCGGUGAUUUCUGUGGAUAGUCAAGGGCCCUCUAUUGACAGAGAUGGUCCGUCAAGGAUAAUACGGAUCCCAUGUGGUGAUGACAGUACAGAUAUGGUAUCAACAGGUGAUACUGUGGAUAAAUUAGGAUCAGCGAGGCAAGACUAUAAUAAACACAUGCAAAUGUUGAUUGAAAGGUUGGCUGCUCAUAAAUUUAGCAAUCCCAGUAUGGAGGCAAUCGUUCCCAAACCUCCAACAAGACCACGGUCUGCAAAACGGCCUGUGAGCGCCCAGCGAAUGGCAAGGUAAUGUCAAAUAAUAUAUUUCUGUUUUGCAGAAAUUUCCAUACUAACAAUUAAUUUUAGCCUAGAAUUGUACCCGAUGUAGUUCUAACCUUAGAGUCAAAAUCAGAAACCGGACUUUUUGUGGUAAUUAUUCUUGUUUUGCACUGACGUCAUGACCGCCAUGUUGGAGGAAUUCUAACAAAAGAAUAUGAUUCUGUAAUUGGAGCGUGGUUUCCUCCAACAUGGCCGCCGUGUCUUUGUCUCAUAAAUCUCAAGAGAUUGAUUGCAAGCCACCAAUAUAGGUUUGAUUGGUUCAGAAUAUGACAAAUUUUAUUUUUGAAUUUUUGUGUAGAAUCACAACGAGUCAUGGUAGUCUGAUGUAG